AAGUUUUAAUCACAAUGACGCCGAUAUUCAAAAGCAGUGAAUUCGUACCAACUGUACCGGAUUUUGUCCAUAUACCAUUUUUUCUAAUAAAAUGUUUGGGUGUAAAACUUUUCAAAUGGACACCGGAUGAGCCAAUAACUAAACUACAAAUAACACUACUGGCAUUAUUCACGGUUUUUUCGAUCUUCAAUUUUACAAGCAUGUUGCUCUACGUCGUCUACGAAGAUUUGGAGACCUUACUGGAUAUAACUGAGUUUGUUUUAUUUUGGGGAUUCGCGCUGAAUGCUCUGAUGAAGGGCAUUUCGAUGGUCUGUUUUCGACGCGAAAUCGAGUCUAUACUUAAGGGCUUAAUUGCCAAACAUCCAAAAACGGCGGAAGAGCGUGCGACUUACCAAUUGGUGCCAUACUUCAGAACAAUUAAUAUAUCCAAUAAAUAUUUGUCAAUAUGGCAUUUAAGUAUAACAUCAAUAUUUGUUGUUCAUCCAUUCAUAGCAUCGAUACAUGAUUAUGUAAGCCGUGAGGAUAAAAAUAAAAGUUUUGACUUCACUUUACCCUUCAUGAUGACCUAUUUCUAUGAUAUAAAUCAACCGUUAGCGUAUGCGGUUUCAUAUUUCCUACAAUGCUGUGGGGCAUUCCAUGUGUCACUAUUAUUUCUGAGUGGCGAUUUAUUGCUCAUCUCCAUGGUACAACUAGUUAAUAUGCAUUUCGGAUAUUUGAUCUAUAAAAUAGAGAGUUUUCAACCAACCGGUACGGAUGCUGAUAUGAAAGUGCUCGGACCUUUGAUGGUAUAUCACAAUGAGAUGUUGAAUUAUGCUGAGCGAAUCGAUAACACUUUCGGCUUGGCCACACUUCUCAACUAUGUCGGCUCAUGUUUGGUACUUUGCCUUAUUUGUCUUCAAAUAGCGAUGGGCUCGGAGGCUGUGAUCGUCAUUAAGUUUAUCGGUUUUCUUGUUUCAACUAUAGUGCAGGUCUUUUUCGUCUCCUAUUUCGGCAAUAAUCUUAAAGAUUUGAGUACUGGUAUAAGUGAUGCGUUCUACAAUCAUCCCUGGUACGAUGCCAAUUACAAGUAUAUGCGAAUGCUAGUUCUACCCAUAGCACGUGCUCAGCGUUAUGCGCGCUUGACGGCUUUUAAAUUCUUCGAGAUAUCAAUGGAUAGUUUUAAGUCGCUCUGUACCACAUCAUACCAAUUUUAUACACUAUUGCGGACAAGCAUUGAGGAAGAGGAUGUUUAAAUUAAACGAUGGUUGGCGGAAGUUUUUAUUGGUAAUCUUAAAUAUACUUUAUAAAUAAUAAUUUAACAGGCAAACCUAGAUGGUGUGCAUAAAUGGUAACAAAUAUUAAACAUGAGAAACAUUUGUUUUCUUAGGUUUAAAAUAGCUGCAUACAUUCUGCUUUACUUUUCUAAGGAUUGACUUCACUUUGCUUGGACAAAUUCAAUGGAAUGGAUCAACAUAGUGAAGCAUCCACGUCUACUUUUGUCUAUAAUUUCGGUGUCAUCGAUUUUUAAAGUCAUUUACUCUGUCGUUCCAGAGUUUUAUUCGUAGCAAAACUCCAAUUUUUCGUUACUAAUUCUAUUAUAUCUUCUUAAAGCCCAGUUUAAGAUGAGCACCUAAUUUUACAAAGUUUAUUCUAUUUUGUUCAAAGCUUUAAUAUACUUUUAGCGCGUAAUUGCAACUCUUUAAGUCUAGUAUGUGUCCUUGCACAUGAAAAGUUACCAUUUCAUGUUCUUCAAUUAUUGCUCAUAUUACUUCAUUGUAUAGAUUAGGGUGUCAACAGAAAUUAAAUUUUUAUAACAGAAUAUUGCCUUGGUCACAGUCGUCGAGUGUACUAAGUUUCUUAGGAGAUUCUGUACAGUUUUCCUCUAUCGUUUCUUGUCUACCCUCCAUGGAUAGAGAUUGUAUUGUUUAGGAAAUCGGAGGUUUGAAACCUUUGAAGAUUUCAUCGGCGCUGCCCUUAAAUCAUUUAAUGCACAUAUCUUCCAAACCGCUUAAAGUUACAGCAAUCAAACUGACUGAGAGGAAGUUAUUUUAUCUACUAUACAAAUCAAGUAUAUAUAAAGUUAUCAGAGUAAAAUUUUCCACUCAUGACGCCCUCAAUGUGUAAAAACAGGUCAACAAUUCCCUUAGACCAAUAUACAUACGUAUGUGCAUAAUAAAAAUAUUUUUGAACCUCCAGUUGUCUUUAUAACACAUCUAUGGUUCAAUAUGUAAGAAGUCUUAAUGUAAUGUAGAAAUAAACCCUUUCUAAUAACAGUGU